AAUCAGUGUGUCAGCUCAACCAGAGCAGGGAGCGUCCGGCAGUGAAGCCAUGACUGGCAGCCACAGAGUCACACAGCAGUUUUGCUUUUAGCUUUUGGAUCAUUCCCGUUGGAUCAGUACAUCUGCCGCCAUUGUUGUUGUAUGUGAUCCUGCUGGGAAAAGAGCGGACAGAGAGUCAAACAAACCUUAGUCACUGCCUCCUGGAACGCCUGAAACAUGGCACACGUCCAGAGGGUGCAGAAGAAGACCAGCACCAUGUCUCUAACCAUCUCCUCCUCCUCUGCAUCUUCCUCACGAGAGCUCCUCCACUGCUCCUCGGGCUCCUCCUCUUCCUCCAGCCUCCUGGCUCAGAGACACUCCAGCCUGGUGCAGCCGCUGUGUGUCAGCCCUCAAAUGACUCAGAGUCCCAUCUACAAUCAACCGUAUUCAGGGACUGGAGUGGCUCCUACAUUUGUUAAGUGUCUGCAUGAUGUGUCCACAGUGAAGGGCCAGCUGGUGGUCCUGGAGUGCAGACUGAGGGGAACUCCACCUCUGCAGGUCAUGUGGUACAGAGAGGAUGAAAAAAUACUGGACUCAGAUGAUUUUAGGAUUCUACGCAAGAAAGCCAGUUCUGCAUCAGUGCCAGAGGAGCUGUGCACACUGGUGAUCACUGAGGCAUUUCCAGAAGACUCAGGCCUGUUUAAAUGUGUGGCCCACAACUCUUUUGGAACCGACUCCUGCUCAGCAGUACUGGAAGUUUUUAAUGACCUAGAGGAGCAGCUGGAGGUCGAGGCCAUUCGUCAGCAGGAAGCAGUUUCUCUCCAACAGGAAAACGAGGCCGUGUUCCAACAGGACAUGUCCACCAGACUGGGCAGCAACGACUUCCCUUCUCCACUGCCUGACUCUAUGAACCUGCCCCCUCCUGAGUGGCCCGACAGCCCUUUAGAAGAUAACAUGCCUGCUGCGGAUUUUCCAGCACCUCAGCCGUCCAGCCACUCCUCUGAAAGACCCUUCAGUCGCGGCGAGGAAGAGUUCAGUGCCUUGAGUUCAGAAGGCCAAAGGUCACCAGAGGUCAUCAUCCGAGCCUGUACCCCCAGCCCCCCCCUGCCACCCUCACCACCACCACCAGCUCAAGUCAAGGACAAAGCUCAGACACCCAAGCUGUUCAGCCCAAGCAAGCUCAGUUUCACUUCCUCCCAGUCAGGAGGAGACAACAUGAACCUGUCAGAUCUGCCGACCUUCAAGCCGAGCACCUUCCCUCCGAGUGCCUUCAACUAUGAGCGGCCGAGGCAUUUCAUUCAGUCGCAGCCGGCCUUCCAGGCACCCAGCUAUGAGAGUGUGCUAAGGGAGGCUCAGGAGAACCAGAAUAACUCCCAACAGAACCAUAACAGCUCCCAGAAUAGUCUCGGUGUCACAGAGACACAGAGUCAAGCAACAAUCAAGUCAUCACAAAGUCAAUCAGUGACAAAGUCCUUGGCACAGACCCAGUCCCAGUUUCAGUCUCUCAGCCUCAAUCAGAACCAGUCCCAGUUUCAGUCUCUCAGCCUCAGUCAGAACCAGUCCCAGUUUCAGUCUCUAAGCCUCAGUCAGAACCAGAACCAGAACCAGUCCACUGCCCAGACACAGAUUCAGACCCAGGCCAAUGGAAUGGGCAAGUCCUCUCCCUCGUCCUCCAGCCUCAGCUCUCCCAUUUCCACCCCGGCCUCCUCCACUGUGCCUCCAUUUUCCUCCACCGCCCCACUGCUCAGUCCCUCCGCUACCACCCCCUCGUCCUCUGCUGCUUCCUCGCCUUUCCCAGCCUUCUCCUCAUCCUCUCUCCCCCGCACGACCAUGCGCUCCACCAUCACCCUCACCCCCAGUGUCCCUAGUGCCACCGGCUUAGGCAGUGCCACCCUGCCAGCCAACCAAGAUAUCAUGUCAGCACCCGCUGCCUACCUCUGCUCUGUGCUGCCCUCCCCGUCCUCCUCCUCCCCUUUCUCCUCAUCCAAACUGUCUCCCAACUCCAACCUUCCUUUCCCCUCCAUCUCCCCCUCCCGCUCCCCCUCCCGCUCCCCCCUGUCCCCCUCUAGCCCUUUGCUCCCCAUGAGGAUCUCUUCCUCACCUUCCCUCAUCUCUCAGCAGCCUCCCCCAGUGUCCCCAUCCCUCCCCCGCUCACCGCUCUCUCCCUCCUCCUCCCUUCAACAACCCAACACUCCCAACAGUCAGAACAGAGUCCCACCUGCUGUGGUCUCUCUACCCGCCAGCUACAAGGGGACGCCUAACAUCCUCCCCAAGCCCAUUCUGAAGAAGACUAUAGCUCCUCGGCCUUCUUCUUCUCGUUCCACAGAUGAAGACAUCCAGGGCUCUAAAGACGCCCUCAUCCAGGAUCUGGAGAAGAAGCUGCGCUCAAAGGAGUCCAGGAGGAGAAAUAGCCAGCCAGAAUCACCAGAAGGAAGACACACAGGUGGAUUAUGGGGGAGGCACCACUCAGGGACAGAUGAGAGGGGAAAUGAGGGGUCAGACAUCCAGGAGAAAUGUUAUGCUCCUCGCUUCCUACAGAUUCCCCCAGACCUCACUGUGGAGGAGGGACGCUUCUGUAGGAUUGACUUCAAGGUCGGAGGCCUCCCUACACCAGAUGUCUGCUGGUACUUGGACGGCAAAGCCAUUCGUCCAGACGACUACCAUAAGAUGUUGGUGUGUGAGAAGGGGAUGCACUCAUUCAUCAUAGAGAUUGUCACAGUGCACCAUGCUGGUGUGUAUGAGUGCGUUGCCAGGAACCGAGCUGGGGAGAGCAGGUUUACCAUGAGGCUCGACGUCAUAGCCCAGGAAGUUCUCCGUCCUCCCACCUUUGUGCAGAAGAUGUUAAACUCUCGAGCUCUAGAGGGCGACACUGUUAGGUUAGAGUGUAAAGUGGACGCUUCCCCUCCUCCACAGCUUUUCUGGAAGAAAGAUAAAGACAUGCUGCGCAUUGACCCCAACAGAAUGAGUUUGUACCAGGACGGUUCAGGACGGCAGUGCUUGUUGAUAGAGAGGUUGCUGAAGUCUGAUGCCGGGUGGUACACGCUCUCCGCCAUUAAUGAAGCUGGCAUGUCCACAUGCAACGCUAGGCUGGAUGUAGGCACUCGCACAGCCCCAGCCAUCAAAACAGCGCCCCCUGCCUCAAAGACCCUGAAGCUGCUGUCCUCUCUGAGCCACGUGCCUGUGCUGACUGUGGAGAGCCCCGCCCAGCACACCGCCCCGCUGUACGAGAGUGAAGAGCUGUAGGCCACACCACCACAUCCUCCUUUAGCCAUCAUCUCCAAAGUGUAACACUGGGCCAGAGUCUGUGAUAACUGUAAUGUCCCCGCAGAGACAGUUCUGAGUUUGAAGCUGGUAGCAUCGCAGCAGACGAGGACAUGUCUCAGAGUACUUUGGAGGCCAAUCCAGAUAAGGUUGAAUAAAUGCAACUAAACAAGCAACACUGAGGUUGAUGUACAAGGCAGAUAAGCUUCAUCCCAUAUUCAAUACGAAGCCACACCUGUGAAAGGCAAUAGCUGUAAUGCAGUAUUAGAGGAUUCUUCACUAUUAUUAGAAAAUGUAUAUCUUGGUCUUGCUAACAAGCUCGCAACAAAUCAUCCUUGAACUGUCACAGGUUUAGUAAAAGUUCCGAAAUGGCCUUUUAGGUAUCUACCAUGAGAGAAAAUGGUGGUCAAAUGCCCUGUUAGUAAAAGUAACACUCCUCAUAUUUUCCAUCUGGUGCUGUUAGUUACUCCUGAGCCCACUCCGGCUGUUUCAACAUCUUUCUAGUUGAGGCUCAUGUUUGAUACAUGCCUGUAAGCCACUCUAUUCUGCACACCUGUCCCUUUUUCCUCAUAUGCCUGUCCUGUCUGCUCCCAGUAAAACAGUCAAGCUGCUGGAUGGAUCAGUAGACGUAGAUGAGAUGAGGCAGAGUCAUCCCUGCUGCUAAAUUCAUCCCAGCAGCCGACCACAAUAUAGCAACAUAAUAUCCCAUGUGGUCUAGAGAACAUUUUACCAAUAGAAAACCGAUGACAGGGAAUCUCCAGCAGCACACGUUACAUUAUGACUUGUGUUGGACUCUUGUGUACUUGAUGAGUAAGCACCGUUCAUUUGAAUAAUUGUGCAUUAUCUUGAAAUACAGUGUCUAGCUUUGUUCUUUGGUCUGUACAAGACCCACAAUCCAACACUGCCAACAUCGAUCACUGCACUUUAAUCAUGACAACUGUCAGUGUCUCAUCCAGCAUUUGCCCUCAUUUUCUUUAGCUUAGCGUUGUAAAGGGGUAUAUUCAUGUUUGAGCAUGUGUCUGAAUUACAGCUGCUGUUGCCUUUCAUCUUAUUUUGUGUUUCCCUGUUGUUUUAAGAGAGAUUAGAUGGUGGUCACUACUCAGAUUCUCCGCUGUGAUAUAAAUUCAGCCUAAUAUGUGUAUUUAAAGUUGGUCUCUAAUAUACAGUGUAUGUGAAUGAAGCUAUUUAUUUGAGCUUAAGUAAUUAUUUAUCAGUAUUUGAACUUUGAGUUGUCCCUCUCUUGCAAAGGCCUGCAGCCAGAGAUGCACAUUAUCAACGAGUUGGAAAAAGAGCUAGAGGCUGUCAUUACUGUACCCAGCGUCCAUGACUGAACACAAAACCAGAUCUGCACACUCAAAUCUGAAAUAUUGAGUGAAGUUUACAUUUUAUCACAUCUGCAGUGCAGAUAAAACAUUAACCCAGGAGAAGAGCAGUUUUUCUCUUUUAAUGCAUGUUUGCAUCAUAAUGUUCAGUUGAAAAAUGGAGUUUCAAUCAGAAUAUUUUGCCGGCCUGUGUCCAGUUUUGCUGAACUCAAUCAAGAGGCUCAUGCAAGAUGACAUUUCACAAAAAGGCUCAUUUUGCCUGCUUACCUCACGGCUGCUUGUUAUCAUUGCUAGCCAGCAGGUCAUUUCACCAAGACCACACAUUUUUGUCUGGAUCUGCAUGCAAACCAAAAAUCUGGCAUUCAACCCUGUGUGGUCAGACCUUAGUGCAGGAAUUUCUUUUUAGAGCAAGACAUACAAAUGUUUAUGUCUGGGUCACAAGAGAUUAAAUGUACCUGCUGCUCUUUUUACAAUAUAAACUCAUGUAUUUGGACUGGAUUCACACAGUUAAAUUGAAAAUGUCAUUUACUGAGAUGAAAUGCAUUAUUUCUACAGUUUUUUGUGGGUGUUUAGAUCAAACAGGGUUAAACAUUGGAUGUAUUUAAAGCACCAGCAUAGUUUGGUAAGUUAGGCCCUUUCAGUUGACAGUUUGAACGCAGGUAGAAGUGUGUAACUCUCCUCAAGUAUAUGUUUGUUGUGUAAGAACCUCUGCACAUCACCGGAUGAAUGAGGAAUAAAGUCUGUGUGACCUUG